GAAUGUUUGUGAGCCCUUGCUAUGACUACAGCGGUAACCUCUGCUACACUAGAAUUUCUAUAUCACGGGAUACCUGUGUUGGACAUAAGCUACCCUCUGGGGUGGGCUGCUGCAUUAAGUAUUGCACCAAGACUGAUCGUGGGGACGCAAUAUUUCUCUACCAACCAGCGUCUGUGUAACGACGAGGUUGACAAAGCCAAGGCUGCUGCUAAAGAGAACAAGAACUCUGAAACGAUAUUUGGAAAGAUUUUGAAGAAAGAGAUACCUGCUGACAUUAUCUAUGAGGAUGAUAAGAGUAUAGCUUUCCAAGAUGUCAACCCAGCAGCCCCGGUACACUUCUUGGUCAUUCCCAGAAAGGCCAUUGCACAGAUUAGUAAUGUUACUGAGAAUGAUGUGCCACUUCUGGGUCAUCUUUUAUAUGUUGCUACCAAAGUUGCCAAGCAAGAGGGUCUAGCAGAGGAUGGUUACAGGAUAGUGAUCAACAAUGGUGUUAAUGGUGCACAGUCUGUAUAUCAUUUACACUUACAUGUUCUUGGAGGAUGGCAGAUGACUUGGCCACCAGGAUAAUCAAUUAUUACCAAUAAUUUAAUCAUCAAACAUAGACUUGAUGGUAGACUUAUACAGCAACUUGUGAUCAAUAUUAAAAUAGUAUCUGAAAUAAACAAUAUUUUAUCAUAAAA